CGAAUGUCUUAUCUUCUCAAAUUCUUCAUUCCUCUUCUUCUUCCUUUUUCCAUUCCAAUGAUUUGUCACGCUUUGUUACUUUUCUUUAUCCUCGUCUCUGUCACCGUAGUAGGAGAAGGAGCAACGACGGCGUUCGAGCCCACCGAUGUCUUUCUCAUCAACUGCGGCGAUAAUUCAGCCACCAACGACCAAAGUGGCCGAACAUGGACGCCGGAGGAGGUAAAAGCUCUGCCGUCAAAUUCAGACUUUGCGUCCUUCACUUCAGAUGCGUUAUACCAAGACUCAGGGAUUGCUCAAGUGCCGUACAUGAAAGCUCGGAUUUUCCGAUCUAACUUUACGUACAGUUUUCUAGUCUCUCCCGGCUGGAAAUUCCUCCGGUUAUACUUUUAUCCGACCCGUUACGGUUCCGGUUUCGACGCUGCUAGUUCCUUCUUCCUCGUCAACGUCAAUGGUAUCACUCUCUUAAGAAACUUCAGCGCUAAUUUAACGGCAAAGGCUUCCAAACCGGAGUCAAAGUCUCUUAUCAAAGAGUUCAUCGUUCCCGUUCACCAGACUCUCAAUCUCACGUUCACACCGUCUCGGGAUUCGUUUGCUUUCGUUAACGGAAUCGAGAUUGUCUCCAUGCCUGACCGGUUUUACUCAAAGGGAGGAUUUGACAACAUGAUAACAAACGUCGGUAGCAAUGCUGACUUCGAGAUAGACAACUCCACGGCUUUCGAGACCGUUUAUCGGGUAAACGUCGGCGGAGGAACAGUCAAUGACGUCGACGAUUCAGGAAUGUUCAGGCGGUGGCUUUCCGAUGAUGAUUUGGAUAAUUCGGGAAUCAUUGUGAACAUUCCAGGUGUCAAGAUCAACUACACUGAGAAAACUCCGGGGUAUGUUGCCCCGGAAGAUGUGUACGCCACGUCUCGCCAAAUGGGGAACCUACAAGACCCUAAACUCAACCUUUAUUUCAAUCUGACGUUUUUCCUUACAGUCGACGCCGGGUUUAACUACCUCGUGAGGCUACAUUUCUGUGAGACUCUCCCGCAAGUGAACAAUACCAACCAACGCGUCUUCUCCAUCUUUGUGGGAUAUCAGAUGGCUACCAGAUCUGUGGACGUGAUUCUGAUGAGCGGUGGUCCUCGGAAUCCCAUGUAUCUAGAUUUCCAUGUGAAUGUUGGUUUUGAAAAUGGGCCGAGACCUGAUCUACGACUUGAUUUUCAUCCUAUGAUGGAUGAUGGUGCAUCCUAUUAUGAAACUCUUCUAAAUGGUGUGGAGAUUCUCAAGCUGAAUGAUUCUCAAGGUAUUCUCGCAGGACCUAAUCCAAAUCCUCAAUUACCAACGGACUCAACACCAAACCGUGUAAGCCCGCUGAAGAAAAAAGGUAAUAAGUCACAUCUUUUGACUAUCUCACUUGCAGUGGUUGGUUCUGUAGUUGCGCUAGCGAUUUUUGUUGUUGUUGUUGUCCUCGUUGUGAUGAAGAGGAAGAAGAUGAGCAACGAGUUUAGUGUACAUACCACAAGCAAGCCAUCUACGAACUCGUCAUGGGGACCUCUUCCGCACGGGACAGGUUCUACAAAUACAAAAUCAGCCACAUCUCUCCCAUCAGAUCUUUGCCGUCGAUUCUCUAUAUCCGAAAUCAAAUCCGCCACAAACGAUUUCGAGGAAAAACUAAUCGUUGGAGUAGGCGGAUUUGGUUCUGUCUAUAAAGGACGAAUAGACGGUGGAGCCACGAUUGUCGCGGUUAAACGGCUGGAAAUUACAUCAAACCAAGGUGCUAAAGAGUUCGAAACAGAGCUCGAGAUGCUCUCAAAGCUCCGACAUGUACAUCUCGUCUCUCUAAUCGGAUACUGCGACGAUGACAACGAGAUGGUACUUGUCUAUGAGUAUAUGCCACAUGGUACACUUAAAGAUCAUCUUUUUAAGAGGGACAAGGCCUCUGAUCCUCCAUUGUCGUGGAAACAGAGGCUAGAGAUUUGCAUUGGAGCAGCUCGUGGACUACAGUAUCUCCAUACUGGCGCGAAGCACACGAUCAUACAUCGAGACAUCAAAACCACAAACAUACUUCUCGAUGAGAACUUCGUAGCUAAAGUAUCUGACUUUGGUUUAUCAAGACUUGGUCCUACUAGUGCUUCUCAAACGCAUGUCUCCACAGUCGUUAAAGGAACGUUUGGUUACUUGGACCCCGAGUACUAUCGCCGUCAAAUCUUGACUGAAAAAUCUGACGUGUACUCCUUUGGAGUUGUUCUGUUGGAGGUUUUGUGCUGUAGACCGAUCAAAAUGCAAAGUGUUCCACCAGAGCAAGCAGAUUUGAUACGAUGGGUGAAGACAAAUUACAAAAGAGGAACCGUUGAUCAGAUCAUUGACUCAGAUUUAACCGAUGAUAUCACUUCGACAUCGAUGGAAAAGUUUUGUGAAAUAGCCGUGAGAUGUGUUCUAGAUCGCGGUAUCGAACGGCCAUCGAUGAACGACGUCGUUUGGGCGCUUGCGUUUGCUCUUCAGCUUCACGAGACCGCUAAGAAGAAGAGUGACAACGUGGAGUCUCUGGAUCUAAUGCCAAGAGGUGAAGUUGGUACGACGACGGACGGAGAAGAUGACUUGUUUAGUAGGACUACAGGAGACGUGGCGAAAUCGACCACGACCGAUGACUCUGUUCCACUUGUUGGUGAUGAGAGGAGUGGUUCGAGCUGGGGAGUAUUUUCGGAGAUCAAUGAACCAAAAGCACGGUAGAUUUGAUGGCUUGGUAAACAAGUAUUACAUUCUGGUUACGGUUAAUAUAUUUGUGUACGUAUACUUGUUGAAUUAAAAAAUUAUUGUAUAUAAAUAUUUGGCAGUUUAAGUUAAUUUCAAAUAAAUAAUCUUGAUGUUUGUUUGAGUUUAA